AUGAACCCCACUGUACCUUCCUCGGGAACACGCCUGAACACCUUGGUCAUACAACGCCUCGAGCAUCUCCCCGCGCCCAUCACAUCCACAUCGAAUGUUCAUGUUGAUUAUUUUCUAGACCCAGACCGACGCUUCGGCGGCGUUGAGGUCUUCGUCACCAACUCCCCCAUCACGAGUCCUAGAACCCUCGCCAACGACGAGCUCGAGUAUCUCAAGACUAUCCUGAUGCAAUGUCGCGACGGUCUACGACGAUAUAGAGUCGGCACGGCGGACUACGAGAAUCUAGUAUGGAUGGUUAUGGCGCUACAAAGGAGGAUCAAGGAGCACAAGCAAGCAACAGGACUGGUUCGAUGGGGGAACAAGCAGGGCAUGAAUGAGAUGAACAACUUGAUUGAUGCUCUUUGGAUCGACGACCAUGACGAUGCAGCGAGGGAGGUGGGGGACUUGCUGGAUCAGCUCAAGCUGUAA